AUGUCAUCAGCAGGACUUCCUAGAGAAGUGCUCAAGUGGAUUCAAUCACUUGACUUAUCCUACUCAGUCAAAAAUGUCAGAAGGUCAUUUAACAAUGGGUUCUUGAUAGCAGAGAUCUUUUCGAGGUAUUUCCCCCAGGAUAUUCAAAUGCAUUCAUUCGACAAUGCAGAGAACUACAAUAAAAAGAAAGAUAAUUGGAAGCAGCUGCAGGUCUUUUUCGAAAAGAGAAAGAUUCCUAUUGUCAUUAAGAACAUGGAUUCACUCAUAUUGAAUGAAAAUGAUGUGGCUCUUGAGUUUGUGAAGCAGGUCUACACUCUGCUGACUGAGAGACAAUUGCUGCCACCCAUUAGAAUAUAUGAAACGUAACAGACAACCGAAAGCUAUCUCCUCAAGGAAAAGGAAAUGGUCAAGCUGCCAAAGGACGAGCUAGACUUCCUAAAGAAAGGUGAUGAUGUAAAUGACUCUAAAAAAGAAGCUUCAAUCUUGAAUCAGUCAUCAACCAAGAGUCCUCAUAAAUCUUUGGCUAUCAAGGGUCCGCCUAAAGUUAUAAAUGAAAAGCUAGAGAUUGAUAAUUAUUAAGGUGUUAAAGUAAUGGACAUUAAUGUGAGACCACUGAACUAGAGCGUGGCCUAGAUCCGUGCUCAGAAAGAAUUGAGCAGUAUGCAUUCACAGUAAAAACUGGGAUCUUCAUCAAUAGGUGAAAUUGCAACCUCAAAUAUGGGAGGUGGCUAGCAUCAUCUUGGAAAUCAGAAUGCAUCUCAUCAGAACUCAUAGUAUGUAGGUGGAGGAGGAGGCAAUCAUCAUCAUCAUGAUGGAGCAAGUAGAAUAUUAUCAGCUGAGACUAUUAAUGAAAGACAGACCAAGAAGCUAAUUACUGAUGUCCUAAAUGAAAUCAUUACAACUAAGGGAGCUAAGGAUGUUAAUAAUGAAGUUUCAUAGCUGAGAUUUGAAAAUGACUUAGUAACUACAUUCUUUGAUAAUGUCACCAAGCUGUCUGAUCAAUUUGUGUUCAGUUUCGUUGAAGAGCUUAAGAAUAAUAUUGAAUUGAUAAUGAAUUGUCUUUACCAAAGUGCAAAUGAAGUAGCAAUCUUUUAUACCUACCUACUGAUGCUACUUAGAAAGCUAUCACCAGUGCAAGGUGCUUUUACCAAUACUCUUCUGUUCUGUAAGACUCUUGCAAGAAAGAUCAACGAGGACUAGCAAACUCCAUCCUAAGAAUUCAACAAAUUCUUCACCAAUCACUUGUUCAAGAACUACUGCCAGAUUAUGAGAGAAUGCCCAAACAAGAGACAGUACAUUUGUGAGCUCAUUUACGCUCACUCAAGUCAUGAUUUAAACCUAAGAAUAAAAGUGGUUCAAAACCUUAAGAACCAUAUCCCAGACGAUGAGAUCGUAUAUGCUUGCCAAGCUUACCUUAUUAGUUAAGAAUCAGAGUUCAAUGAAUAAUGGUUUGAUGUUUUCCUUUACUACGCAUUAAUUGGGUUAGCAUCACAAAAGACGCUUAUCAGAGUUUACUCUUUGAAUAUCCUUAAUACCAUUGCCAAGCACAAUUCUGAGAGUAUCAUGGAUAUUACUGAGAAAGUACUCCUGCUAUGCAAUGAUUAGUACUGGGAGAUUAAGGCUCAAUGCCUGAUCUUUGCCACUGUAGUGCUAAACAGUUUCAGAAAUAUGAGCCAUCUUUUGCAACAAAAAGAUGAUGUCAAGGGUGGUGGCAUUUAAAAGGCAUUAAGUGGAAAGCCAGGAAGUUCUGGUGGAAACGGCUCAGGCUCUGAUAGAAAUUCUAUCAAGAGAAAUCUUAACUUAGCAGUUGAAAUCAUCAACAAGUGCUUCAGUGUUAACUCACCUAAAAGUGUGCAAAAGCUUGGGCUCUUUGAACUCUAGCCUCUUCUGAAUGACUAUAAGGUUUUAUACUACCCUUACACUGAUGUCUUGAUCUAAAUCGAACCAGAAAUCAAAUAAAUCAUUUUAUCAGAGGAGCCUAUCAGAGCAGGUGAAGAUAUUUACUUCUCUUUAGGAAACUCUAGCUUUAAUUACAAACUUAAAUCAGACUUGGCUAACUUUGAUAGGAUCGUAUUGGCUAGCACACUUAUUGAUUUAGUGCUCUCACAGCAACUUGAAAGUCUAAGCAUUGAUCACAUGCAAAUCCUGUAUGUUUGCGCUGGAGACCCAACUGAGUUCCUUAACUCCCACUAAAAUGAGAGCUGGUUGAAGGUAUGGCAGAAGGUUAAAGACUAUGUUAUGAUCAGCAUCUGUGAUCCAGAUAUUUGCCAACAAGGUCUUCAAAUCAUUCACAAUUUCCUUACUUGUGAUACUCUAAAGUUCCAGAUUUAUGAGGAAUCAAGAGAAAUUUACUUAAAAUCAUUAGAGCUUUUAUAUCAAGGAGAGAGUGAUCACUGCAAGACAAAGCUCAAAGAGUACUUAAUACUUAAAGUCGUCAACAGAACUGAGGAUUCAGAUAACUCUCUUAAGAAGUUUUACAAGGGACUCUUGUAAAGGUUUAGCGAGGAUCAUGCUCAUGAAUACCAGACUAGCAACAUAAGUGAUAUUAUAUCUAAACUAAAUUGA